AUGCUAGCCGAGGAAGCUUUACUAAAGUCGCUUGUCAAGCCUGGGGUGAACGCGGGGGACGACGACCCAGUGAGGUCAAGCGCCGUCAAGCGCCCUCAGCCGCGUCGAGACCCUUGCCAAGCUGCGCCGGCGCCACGCGAGGGCCUGGCAGUUGCAGCUGCCGGCGGCCAGGAGCUCGAGCUCCAACCCGUCGCAGCAGUGACGACACAGCACUCGAUGUCCACGCCUUCGGCCAAGCGCCGCCGCCUCGAGGACGCCCAGAGCGCCUUGCGGAAGCCCUUCCGCUCUCCCUUCAAGACACCCAGCCGGAAAGUCGAGCUCGAGAGCCCCAAGGCAGACACGACGGCCAGCAGCACCGCAGUGCCCAGCCCGCUCGUGCAGAGCACCCUGCCAGACUCGUCGGCGGCCCAAUCGUUGAGUGUUUCCUCGCUUCGCACACUGCGCAGCUCUCGCAGCUCUACGACGUUGUCCACGCCGUCUAGGCCACCGCUUUUCGCGCAACGCGUCGGCGCCGUCGACCACGACGAUGCUCUUGAGACCGCCAUACGUGCAGAAGAGCAACGACAGCGAGACUUGAGCAGACAGAUACGGAGUAUACGAGUUGAGCUGGACACGCUCAAUCAGGCUCUCAAGAUUGCAACAUCGACCAAAGAUGCAGAGCUGCAAGCCUUGACCAGGAAAUGGCGCGACGCAACCCGAGCUGCGGCGGAGGACGUCUUCGCUACAACCAAGGACCGUGUAAACGGUAUGGGUGGGAUCGGCGUCUGGAAGCAGAACGAACAGCGUCAGCAGGAGUGGAGACUUGGGUUCCAUGCUCAAGAACACGAGCCGACUCUGGAUGAAAGCGACGAGGACGAAGAAGAAAAUGUUGGACUGACACCCGAAGAGAAAGAAGCAAAACUGGUUGCACGGGAACAACGCGCGGAAGCAAGGGCAGAAGCAAAAAAGGAGCGCCACUGGCGGGAGCAGGAGGCGGAGGCAGAGGCGGAGGCAGAGGCGGAAGAAGAGGCGCUCAGACAAAGUCGCACCGACGAUGGUGGAGACGACGAUAGUUUCACGAUGGAUACGAUGCUCAAGACUCUCAACAUUGACCUCAAGAUGAUCGGAUGGGAUAAAGAAGGGCAGCGGUGGGUUGACUGA